AUGGUGUGGAGAGUGGAGAAAGCGGCCAUGUUGGGAUGGUGUGGAGAGUGGAGAAAGCGGCCAUGUUGGGAUUGUGUGGCGAGUGGAGAAAGCGGCCAUGUUGGGAUGGUGUGGAGAGUGGAGAAAGCGGCCAUGUUGGGAUGGUGUGGAGAGUGGAGAAAGCGGCCAUGUUGGGAUGGUGUGGAGAGUGGAGAAAGCGGCCAUGUUGGGACAGGAGACAGAGGUGUUCAGCAGGAGACAGAUGUGUUCAGCAGGAGACAGGUGUUCAGCAGGAGACAGAGGUGUUCAGCAGGAGACAGAGGUGUUCAGCAGGAGACAGAGGUGUUCAGCAGGAGACAGAUGUGUUCAGCAGGAGACAGAGGUGUUCAGCAGGAGACAGAGGUGUUCAGCAGGAGACAGAUGUGUUCAGCAGGAGACAGAGGUGUUCAGCAGGAGACAGAGGUGUUCAGCAGGAGACAGAGCAGGAGACAGGUGUUCAGCAGGAGACAGAGGUGUUCAGCAGGAGACAGAUGUGUUCAGCAGGAGACAGAGGUGUUCAGCAGGAGACAGAGGUGUUCAGCAGGAGACAGAUGUGUUCAGCAGGAGACAGGUGUUCAGCAGGAGACAGAGGUGUUCAGCAGGAGACAGAUGUGUUCAGCAGGAGACAGAUGUGUUCAGCAGGAGACAGAUGUGUUCAGCAGGAGACAGGUGUUCAGCAGGAGACAGAUGUGUUCAGCAGGAGACAGGUGUUCAGCAGGAGACAGAUGUGUUCAGCAGGAGACAGAUGUGUUCAGCAGGAGACAGGUGUUCAGCAGGAGACAGAUGUGUUCAGCAGGAGACAGAGGUGUUCAGCAGGAGACAGAUGUGUUCAGCAGGAGACAGAGGUGUUCAGCAGGAGACAGGUGUUCAGCAGGAGACAGAGGUGUUCAGCAGGAGACAGAUGUGUUCAGCAGGAGACAGAUGUGUUCAACAGGAGACAGAGGUGUUCAGCAGGAGACAGAUGUGUUCAGCAGGAGACAGAGGUGUUCAGCAGGAGACAGGUGUUCAGCAGGAGACAGAGGUGUUCAGCAGGAGACAGAUGUGUUCAGCAGGAGACAGAGGUGUUCAGCAGGAGACAGAGGUGUUCAGCAGGAGACAGAGGUGUUCAGCAGGAGACAGAGGUGUUCAGCAGGAGACAGAUGUGUUCAGCAGGAGACAGAGGUGUUCAGCAGGAGACAGAUGUGUUCAGCAGGAGACAGAGGUGUUCAGCAGGAGACAGAGGUGUUCAGCAGGAGACAGGUGUGUUCAGUAGGAGACAGAUGUGUUCAGCAGGAGACAGAGGUGUUCAGCAGGAGACAGAUGUGUUCAGCAGGAGACAGAGGUGUUCAGCAGGAGACAGAGGUGUUCAGCAGGAGACAGAGGUGUUCAGCAGGAGACAGAGGUGUUCAGCAGGAGACAGAUGUGUUCAGCAGGAGACAGGGGUGUUUUAUGCCGCUUUUCCACAGUAACGAGUCGGUGAGGAACACGCCGUGCUCGGACGCCCCUCCCCCGGCCUCCUCGCAGCUCUCCUCGCAGCUCUCCUCGCAGCUCUCCUCGCAGCUCUCCUCGCAGCUCUCCUGUCCCUCGGAGAUCACGGUGGACCCGGAGGGGAGCUACCACGGCAGCACCACGGAGGAGGAGGGCAGCUAUAGCGGCAGCCUGGCCCCUCUGCGCCCGGUGCACGCACACGCACACCCGCUGAAGAGCUUCGCAGUCCCCGCCAUCCCCCCGGGAGCCCACCCCUCCUACGAGAACCCCGCCCUGCCCUGCACGCCCCUGCUCACACAGAGCGGCGCUCCCAGCCACCCCCACGUGGUGAAGACGGCCUCCAUCGGGACCCUGGGCCGGACGCGGACCCCGAUGAUCGUGACGGUGCCCAACGCCCCGGACGUCCCGGAGACCAGCCGGAUGUUGGAGGACGUGGACAGUAGCUACGAACCCGACGAGCUGACGGAGGAGAUGGCCCACCUGGAGGGCCUCAUGAAAGACCUGAACGCAAUCACCACCGCGCCCUAG